GAAUCGAGGGAUCAAAAAUCUGGAGAAUGGAAGACACGCUGUUCUCUCCUCUUCCUCAUUCACCGAAGAUCUUUUACCUCUACAGGUUCCUUCCUUGAUACCGUCUUUGCAAGAGAGGUGUCCAGACCAUGGUAUAUGAAUGUCAUGAAUGCGACGGGUUGUUAACCAACCCAACCACUCAGCAUAGAUUAGACAUCAAUCUCUCCACCAUUAGCAUUUCUCAGCUUGAUGAUGUCUUGGUACAGGUAUCUUCGCAGUCCCAUGAUGGCAGCACGUGCUCCGGGACAUCUACCGUCCAAAUUUUUGGCGAACCUUCAGAGAGUUCCCGAAAUGAUACGAGUACUUGUAAUGGUGUUACAUCCGCGGCCAAUCGACAGCGACAGGGUAGGAGCCGUCAUAAGAACCGUCGACGAAGAUGGAAGCACAAUCAGAAUGAUUCCCUCCAAGCGGCGGUGUUGGAGAGACUAAUCCACCACCCAAUUCUGCACACCGUGGAGCGAAUGUCUCUCUGCCAUAUCGAAGAAUCCAUACCCGUCCAAGCUGUUUGCUUAUUGCUCGAGCACGCUCCGAUGAUAAGAGAAUUAAGACUUGACGACUUGCUUUUGGAAGGAUCCAUCAGCAGGACGAGUGACAGUCAACCUAAAAGGAUGGAACGGCUCUCCAUGACUUGCUGUGGACCGGCAGAAGAACGCCUUCUAAAGUGGUUCAUUACUGAUUCCCAUUCCAAUUCGUCCCUUCGUUGUCUGGAUUUGAGGCAGAUGAUUAUCUCCAAGAACACUUUGGAAGCAAUCUCGUCCCUUCCUUGCUUGGAAAGUCUGCAUCUCGAAAAGAUCCCUGGGGUCUAUGCUUCCAAUCUGGUAUCCACUCUUAGUCAUGUAAAAGGCAUUCAUUUAUAUGACCACAUGCCCUUGGAAUACGCAACGAACUGCUGCAACAAUCUGCAACCACUUGAGCUGUCUAUAAAUGUAGAGUUGCCGCUAUCCUCACUUGAACCCAUUCAAUUCAGUCAACUACUGGUCUCGAUACUCCAUCGCUCUCCCCGAAAACUUCACUUGGGAUUCAGAGGCAACUACUCAGAGUCCAGGAUCCGUCAAGCCAUGGAGAGGCCUGGUCGUUCGGACCAGUGGGAUCAUCUGGCGUCAAUAUUGGCAAAGGAACUUGAGCAUAACCAAUGUCUCGAGUCCCUUGAACUGAUGGUAUCUGACAUUGACAUGUUGGAAGCCAUGGUGUCACCUGCUUUUCAAAGACCUCUGGAAAAAAUGCUUACAGCUCAAAACACUUCACUAGCCUAUUUGAAUAUUCGCUCUCCUUCGAGGGAGCUAGCUUUGUCUCCCUUGGUGGAUUUCUAUCUCAAAUUAAACAAAGCCAGACGAAUAGGUUGGUUCCAGGACACACUGACGCCAAAGCAACAAGUAGAGAGCUUGCUACAAGCUCCAGACCUUUUCCCGACAAGCGAGGAGCAACAAGUCAGCAUGAUCUUCCACUUUUUGUCCAGUCAGCCAUCUUCGUGGGUUCACGGAUAGGAUUAGAUAUUCCUGCGAGCAGCCACAAAAUAUCAAAAUAUCCUUCACAGGUUCCGUUGUUGAGGCACUACAGCAAUCCUUUACUUGUCAAGAAGAGGCAUGGAAGCCCGCACCAUUCGGAGGAGUCGUAGAAAUAUUACAUUUUUAGCUUUCCAUAAAGCGUACUAGUAGCAGGGACUUGAGCGACC